GCUCGCUGUGUUUGAACGACGAAAUAUUUAGCUAACGGUAUUUCUUUAACACGGUGAUUUCACGUCUUAAAAAAAAUUUGUCUGGUGUGUUUUGUUGUUUGAAGACUCCUGGGAGAUAAACUUGAUGUAUUUUGAACUCGACGGCAGUACCGGACUGUUUGCAGGAUUUGGACUGUCAUCUCGUGAAGUUACUUCGAUGAGCGCGUGUAUUAAAAGCGUCGCACAAAAAUAGAUGACGUCAGAGAGUUUGUGAGUACAGUCGCGUGUGAUAAUUCUACAGACUGAAUUUAGUUUUCGCGCAAAAUGUUUUCGGAUGUAGCGCGGGGUGUAAACAGGCAUGAAUUGUCUGAAGUGUUCUAGACAGAUGUAAGCAUGAUAUUUCAUCUAUCAGUCGCGAGGAACAACUUCAUAAACUUUCUCUGCUGUUGAUUGAAGAACCAGAAAACCUUUGUAAACACCAUGGAAAUCCUGUGGAUUGCUUUGUUGAUUUUUGACAUUAUUUUCAUUACGGAUUGUGCUAGAGGUCCCCCACGUGUAGCGCAGAAGGUUGCCCACCGGCAGACCGUGAGGAUCGGACGCACCAUUAAGCUUCAGUGUCCUGUUGAGGGGGAUCCACCCCCCCUCAUCAUGUGGACCAAAGAUGGCCGGAACAUCCACAGUGGCUGGAUGCGCUUCAGGGUCCUUCAGCAAGCCCUCCGGAUCAAAGAGGUGGAGGCAGAGGAUGCUGGAACUUUCAUUUGUAAAGCCACCAAUGGCUUUGGCAGCGUCAACAUCAACUACACCCUCAUUGUCAUUGAUGACUCCAGCGGUGGGAGAGAAGGUGCCAGACCAGCUGGUGAAAGCGAGUACUCCAGUACUGACCUGACGGGAAAACUGGUGCGCCCCCGCUUCACACAGCCUGCUAAAAUGAGAAAGCGUGUGAUCGCACGGCCGGUGGGGAGCUCUGUCCGGCUCAAGUGCACCGCAAGCGGCAACCCCAGACCUGACAUCGUGUGGCUGAAGGACAGCAGGCCGCUGACACCUGAGGAGGUGGGCGAGGGCCGGAAGAAGAAGUGGACCCUCAGUCUGAAGAACCUCACGCCCGAGCACAGCGGCAAAUACACCUGCCAUGUGUCCAACCGCGCCGGGGAGAUCAACGCCACCUAUAAAGUGGAAGUCAUCCAGCGCACAAAUUCCAAGCCCAUCUUGACUGGCACUCAUCCAGUAAACACUACUGUAGACUACGGUGGCACCACGUCUUUCCAGUGCAAAGUGCGCAGCGACGUCAAGCCGGUUAUCCAGUGGUUAAAAAGGGUUGAACCCGGUGACGAGAGCAAGUACAACUCCACCAUUGAGGUUGGAGACCAUCGCUUUGUUGUUUUGCCCACCGGUGAAGUGUGGUCACGACCGGACGGCUCCUAUUUAAACAAGCUACUUAUUACCCGUGCUAAGGAGGAGGAUGCAGGCAUGUAUAUUUGCUUAGGGGCCAAUACCAUGGGCUACAGCUUCCGCAGUGCCUUCCUUACUGUUCUGCCUGAUCCAAAGCCGCCAUUCUCUCCGAUCCCAUCUGUGCUGCCUCCCAGUCUGCCCUGGCCCGUCAUUAUCGGUAUCCCUGCCGGAGUGGUCUUCAUUCUGGGAACCGUCCUCCUCUGGUUCUGCCAGUCCAGGAAGCAUUGUUCUUCAGGAGCCAUAAUCUCAGCCCAGACCUUAUCCAAUGGCCACCGGCAACCGCCCAGAGAGCGAACCCUCUCCCCCGCUGAUAAAGACUGCAUCGGCUCUAUCACAUAUGAGGAGUACGUAGCACAGCAGCAGCAACAGCAGCUGCUACUGGCCCAAGCUGCUCCUAAAGUCUACCCAAAGAUCUACUCAGACAUUCAUACACACACCCACUCGCACGUGGAUGGAAAAAUUCACCAGCAUCAACACAUCCACUACCAAUGUUAGCCCCUGUCUGCACGUUCAGAGGCCUUCCUUGUUACGGUCCUUGAACAAGAAACCGGUUCUGGUUCCUUUGCUUAUUUUGUUCGAGUUUUUGGACCCAAUAUGGCAGUCUGUAACCCAAAAUAGGGCAGCGUGGCCAGUGUGGGCAGGGCUGUCUCAAACAAACAUUUAUUUUCAGAAUCUGAAGAAUGGAAAGACAAUUGAGCCAUGUUGUUACAGUCUAACCAACCCCCUGUGCUGAAUUGGAGCCCAAAGACAUGUGAACAGUGGAGUGGACAAGGGCAAGGUGAACAAACAAGCAAUGAGUCUUUUGAAACGAUAAAGCAUUUACAACAAAACACAUUGUUCAUAUCGAUAAUUAACAGAAUUGAGUGAAUGUAUUGUCUCCUCAACAUGUUUCAGUUUUAUUUCAUCUGCCUUUAACUGUUAUUCAGUUACAUAAACACAAUGUUUUAGCAAAAAAGCCCAUUGACAAAUUCUGUGAAUGGGGCCAAAUGAUUGCAUUGUUUAACACCAAAUCUAAGUGAAACAUAGUUUUGCAGGUUACAAUGAAUUUAGUUACAUCCAAAAAAUGAAUCUUGGAUCGGCACUGGUUCUUUCGAGACUGAGUUCAUGCAUGAGGACAUAUAUAUAUUUAUGUUUUUUUUUUGGCAUAGUUUGCAGGUAUUGAGUUUAUCUUUCAUAAUAAGACACGGUGUAGUUUCAAUCGGUCGAAGUUUCCUCCUAGUUUUCUGCCUAAUUGUAGCUUUAUUCCACUUUAUGGAAAAGGAGAAUAUUGUGAUUGUUGUUAUAUCGUGUCUCAAGAUAUGUUUGAGAGAUUUUGGCAUUGCAAGUUCUGGCAACGGGUUCCUUAUGUUUCUCAUUACCUUGUGCUAUUAUUUUCAGGGCCUACUCUGAAUGACCUGAGGUACUGAAAUCCCAUUGUUCCUCUAUGGCCUUUAUUGGUGCGUGUGGGAGGGAUGUUGUUUUUCAUAAGCUUGACCACUAUAAUGAAGACUGUAUAAAUGCCUUUGACUGCUCAUGUAAUGGCUCCCCUUUAAUAUGUACAGAAUAGAACUGAGUUUCAAAAACAAAUGUUAGACUGUAACUCAGACAUAUCGUGCAUUGUCUGUGCAUUUGACGUCUGUUUUUACCGUGAUGGUCAAUGCUAAAAGCACUGCGGCAAGACAGGAAUGCACAUCUGUUUGCCACUUCGGCAUCGAAAUGUUUUUAAAUUCAUAGUAACCCAAAAAAGUAAAUCUUGUCGAACUUGAGUUAAUUUAUUUGUAAGCGAUAUUUUGAUGCUUUCAAUUGGGCAUUAUGUAGAUGUUUUAAACCAAAAAAAGAGUAAACAUAGCAUCUUUGCUGCAGUGUAAGCUAUGUAGCAUAUAUCAAGUGUAAUAUUUAUAUGUGCUGUUGUAAGAAAUAACACAAUGGUCGUACUUAGUUAUCUUUGUAUGGACAAUCUUGUACAGUCUGGCCUGUUUUUAUGUUCAAAAAUAUAUGUUUGUCACUUUGAAAACAUUAAAAUCAUUUUAUCAUUGUCAUAAAAUAAUGAAGUAUUUGUUCACUAGUGUGUUGUGUUCUAAUGUGGAGCGUCAUUUUGACAAACUUAUCAAAUAUUUGGUCAUGGUUUACAGUUUAACACAGGUUAUACAGUAGGACAAGAAUAGCUAAGUUAUACUAAUGUAUUAACCUCUUCUAUAAGCAUGCCAUGUUUGAGCACUGUAUUGAUUGCAAAAACAAGUUCAGUUUUUGCUUUUGUUUUGCUUUCAUGUGAUGCACAGUUGAUCAAAUGUUAAUGUAAAACACCUUUAUAAAAAUGUAUAUACACAAAGCUUUCAUGAAAAGUGUUCAACUUCUACUGAGUUGUUAGGUGAAUCACGAAGAUCACAAAAGGUCAUGGCGUAAGCAGGAAGCUUCCAAACAUCUACCAAAGCACUACCGGUGUUUCACAACAUUGCUUCAUUCUCUACAAGUUCUUUGUAUUGAAGAAAUCUUCAUGUAGCGACUAGUGAGCGUCUUUGAGCCUCUGAAACUCUGAGCGUCUGCAAGGCCAACACCUGGGAAUACCUGGCUGUUCUUUUCAAAGAAUGAAGCCUCUUGUUUGCUUUUCUCCUUUUUUUCAAACAGUCACAAUGGCCCGCCUGACAACAAAGUGGCUGUCUGAAAGAGUAAAAAUGAAAAACACCCCCUCCCCUCUGAAAACAGGUUGCCAGAGGUUUUCCUUAAAUGUUUACCUUGCUUACAAAAAGAGGGAUGCAGAGAGACAAAAACGUGUCUACGAGAUGGGACCAGAGCCAAUGCCUUUAAAGUCCGCCACAGAACCAUGACAAAAGCAGCUUAAUCUCGGUGUUGUCUUUCUGCCUUUCUUUACACAUCCUGCCAAGCUGCCUUAGAGGAAAGGAAUCUUUCUUCAGCCCUGCUGACAUCAUGAAAGCCUGGGAUGAAAUCGGGGUCAUCAAAGCCGCUCGCAUGUGGGACAUCUGUGCGAGUGCUCGAUCAUACGAGUGUUUUCAACCCUUACCUGUUCAUAUUCAUCCCUCAGACCACCUCAGAAGAUUCAACGGACGUUUUUGAAACCGCCAAACUAUAACACAGAUUCUUAUCUGGUGAGGGUAAACGUAGGGGCACAAAAAGACAGGAAAUCACACAGAUCUUAUUCAUACACGCUGUCUUUACCGUCUUGAAAGAAACGAGAGGUUUUCAAGCGAGCGUGGAGGAAGUGCUGUCAUUGUGUUCGGCUGGUGUUGCAGCACAUUGUUUGCAUUAAAAGACGACCGUUCAAGGGCAUCCUCAUCGUUUAACUUAUUUCCUGUAAUUACUCACAGGACUAUAGGUCGUGACCGCAUGCAUUGUCCCCACUUGCGGAAUUAAAUUAUCAUUAAUCACAGCAGUGUCAAGUACUACUAGUUGAUGUGUUCAAUUUAUGACUGUUGACAAUGGACGUUGAUAUUUAUGAUCUGUUAUUUAAACAAAGCUGAUUUUACUAUAAAACUAAAAAUGUCAGUUUGACAACAAUGCUCUAAAAAUACUACACCAAAGCCGGACACAGAAACACACUGCAAUUUA